AUGAGAGAAUCCACUCGUUAUGAUAUUCAAUUGGAUAAUGAAAAGGCAUUCAAGAUUAUUAACAAAUCGGCGGUGGAAUGUGCUGACUUUCGAAGAGAUCUUUCUGAAAGAAUUGGUUUCGAAUAUGGCACCAAUGCGGAUACUUGUGUAUUAGCAAUAGAUGUGCAACAAAUUGAUAAUGGAGUUGUCAAUGCUGUCUAUUGUUUGACCAUUAAAUUAAAUGAUAAGGAAUUGAAGAGCAUUGUAAAAAUUUUGCCCCCAAAUUGGAAAAGAUUGAAAACUCUCAAUGAAGUGUUGGUGAUCCAAUUCCUUAGUGAGAAUGUUAAAGAUUUUCCAGUGCCAACCAUUUAUGGAUACGAUUGUGAAGGUGAUUUAAUUGGAAACGAAUACAUUUUCAUGUCAAAGUGUGAAGGAAUAACAUUGAACACAAUUUAUGGUGACAUGACCACUGACGAAAGAAAACAUUACUUGAAUCAAAUAGUUAAGGAAAGAUCCAAAUUGAGUGAUUUAAAAUUCCUCACAAGAACUUGUGAUAACGAUCAAGCUGGGCCAAAUCCCUUAUUUGGAUGUUAUCAAGGUAUUGAAAUGAAAAAUGGUCAAGUACUUGCCCUCAUUGGUCCUAAUUGUGAUACCUUAAAAGGUCCAUUCCGUUCUUUCAAUGAUUACAUCAUUUCCUUAAUUGAUUUUCGAUUGGAAGAUAUGAAAAUUAUCAAGAAUGGUUCCUUAUCUUACUUUGUUACUAAAUUCCAACGAUUUAUUGAACAUGUUAGAAACAACAAUAGAGUUUCCGUAUAA